AUGUUUGGUUGGAACAAGGUGGUGAUAAAAUAUAUCUCGUCAUAUCUAAUACAACUGAUAUGGAUCGAUCUGCGGUGUUGCAGUGAAGAGCUUGUGCACGGCACCCUUAAAUGGCGACAUGAGGCUCUGUUUAGGUGUAGGAGAGCAUUGCCUGGAUGGUUGGGCAUCGUUUGGAGUCAGAGAAUGCGGCUGACUGUGAGAAGGCAGAUUUCUGGUUGGGUCAAGGGUUCCUCCUGCCAAUCAAUGGUGGUGUUGUCACUGUUGUGCUGCCAUCUGGACACAAUGAAGCUGCAUGUGGUCAUUUGUUGCCUCAUUAUGGUUGUGGCCGAGUGA